CUGCAGACUGUAAAGAUGGCCAACGCCGUGGCUUCCUACGACCAGCUGGCCCACCAGGUGGAGGCGCUCCGCAAGGAGAACACCCACCUGAGGAGGGAGCUGGAGGACAACUCCAACCACCUGUCCAAACUGGAGACCGAGACCUUCGGCAUGAAGGAGGUGCUGAAACAGCUGCAGAGUAAACUGGAGCAGGAGGCGGGAACCCUGGCCUCGUCCGGGAGGAGCGACGUGCUGCACCAACUCAAAGAGCUCCACAUGGACCUCACCAACUACUACGAACUCAAACACCAACCUCACAACCUGAGGCUUUUGACGGACAGCCUGGGAGGGGCGGGGCUAACAGGUGUUGGAGGGGUGGAGCUAGAUGAUCGCCUGGCUCUUCCUCCUUCCUCCUGCUCCUCCUCCUCUGUGGCGGCGAGCAGAGCCAGGAGUCCGCUCAGAGCGUCGUCUCGUCUGAGUGCGGCGUCCGGAGAGGCUGCUGCCAUGAUGCUGCCGCAUCACUUCCUGGACGGAGCCCCGCCCAAAACAGCUGUGAUUAGUGGAGCGGAUGGACGACUGAGCGACCACCACCUGGAGGAGCUGUACAAAGAGAGGAACAUGCUGCUGGGUGAGAUCGACCGGGAGGAGAGGGAGCGCUGCUGGUACUUCAGCCAGCUGGAGGCGCUGUCACAGAGACUGGCUCAACUGCCUCGCAUCGACACGUUUUCUCUGCAGAUGGAUCUGAUCCGUCAGCAGCUGGAGUUUGAAGCCCAGCAGGUUCAGUCUGUGAUGGAGGAACGCUUCGGUACCAACGACGAGAUGGUUCAGAGGACUCAGAUGCGAGUUGCUCGUCUGGAGCAGCUGCAGAAGGAGCUGCAGGAGGCCCGAGGGAGUCAGGAGAACCAGCUACAGCUGUCCGGAGCAGAGAAGCCCCCUGCUGGAGAACCAGAGAACAACCCGUCAUCAGCCGCAGCAGCAGGAUCAGAAGCUACUGCAGACGUAGGCAGCAAGGUGGAGAUGGUGUUCUGGCUGCUCUCCAUGCUCGCUAACAGAGAUAAGGAGGAGAUGUCUCGGACUCUUCUGGCUCUGUCCAGCUCUCAGGACAGCUGCAUCGCCAUGAGGAAGUCUGGCUGCGUCCCUCUGCUGGUUCAGAUUCUGCAUGAGGGUCCAGGCAGCGGCAAUGGGCCUGGCGAGACCACAGCGAACGGUACGACAGCGGCGGGCUGCAGCCGAGAGGCCAAAUCCAGAGCCGCCGCAGCCCUCCACAACAUCAUCUACUCCCAGCAGGACGAGGGCCAGGCCCGCCGAGAGAUGAGGGUGCUGCACAUGCUGGAACAGGUCCGGACCUACUGUGACAGCGGCUGGGACUGGAUCGAGAGCCACGCAGGGACACCUUCGCCUGCAGGAACCAAAACCACUGACAUCCCUGAACCUGUGGACCCUCAGAUCUGUCAGGCCAUGUGUGCCAUCAUGAAGCUUUCCUUUGAAGAGGAGUACCGGCGUGCCAUGAAUGAAUUAGGCGGUCUGCAAGUGGUGGCUGAUCUGAUCCACCUGGAGCAGGACAUGUACGGCAUGCAGAAUGACCCCAUCAACAUGGCGCUGCGCCGCUACGCAGGCAUGGCGGUGACUAACCUCACUUUUGGAGACGUCGUCAACAAGGCCACUCUGUGUUCAAAGAAGAGCUGCCUUCAGGCUCUGGUGGCCCAGCUGGCCUCAGACAGCGAGGAGCUUCAUCAGGUGGUUUCCAGCAUCCUGAGGAAUCUGUCGUGGAGGGCCGACAUCAACAGCAAGAGAGUCCUCAGAGACAUCGGUUGUGUGUCUGCACUGAUGACCUGUGCCCUGCAGGCCACAAAGGAGUCGACCCUGAAGAGUCUUCUGAGCGCUCUGUGGAAUCUGUCUGCUCACAGCAUCGACAACAAGGUGGCGAUCUGUUCAGUGGAUGGAGCUCUGGGCUUCCUGGUCAGCACACUGACGUACCGAUGUCAGACCAACUCGCUUGCCAUCAUCGAGAGCGGCGGAGGGAUCCUUCGAAAUGUGUCGAGUCUAGUCGCUACACGAGAAGAUUACAGGCAAAUCCUCAGGGACCACAACUGCCUCCACACUCUGCUACAGCAUCUGCGGUCCCACAGCCUGACCAUAGUGAGCAACGCCUGCGGGACUCUCUGGAACCUUUCUGCCCGAAGUCCGAAAGACCAGGAGCUGCUGUGGGACCUAGGGGCAGUUAGCAUGCUGCGCAACCUUAUCCACUCCAAGCACAAGAUGAUAGCCAUGGGCAGCGCCGCAGCUUUAAGGAACCUCCUCACCAAUCGACCCCUGAAAUAUAAGGAUGCUGCAGUUGUAUCCCCCGGCUCCUGCAUGCCCUCACUCUACAUGAGGAAACAAAAGGCUCUGGAGGCCGAGCUGGACGCCAAACACCUAGCGGAAACCUUUGAUACACUUGAGAAACAGAGCCCCAAGCACUUGACCCUCAACAAGCCACUACGGCACAUUGAGAGUCUGGCAAAGGAUUACGCAUCUGAUUCUGGUUGUUUUGAUGAUGAUGAGGCCCCCAACGUCUCCAGUAGCCUGGACACUGGGAGCUUCUCGAUGCUGUCUAUGUUCCUUACCAACUCUAAUUUCCUGCAAAACCAACCACGUAAGAGGGACAGUGAACCAGAGAGAGACAUAGAUCCGCCUCAGACGGUCGAGAAGAGACGCGCACCUCCUGACGAUGUAGUAUCUGCCGCUGCAGAGAAGCUAGCAAAAAAGAUCACCAACACGGUUGCCAAGAUCGACAGGUUAGUUGAAGACAUCACCAUGCACACAUCCUCUGAAGACAGUUUUAGCCUCAGCUCGGAAGACCACCUGGCGGACUGGCCUUACGGAUUGGAUGAACUCAAUGAAGCCAGAGCGAAAUCAUGCUCCCCCUGCCGUCUCUCUGAUACAAGCAGCCUGGCUCACAGAGAACGCCUCAGUAGAGCACACGCCCUCUUGCGCCUCAAAACUGCCCAUACAAGUGUAUCAACAGACAGCCUGAACAGUGGAAGCACCAGUGAUGGCUACUGCGGCAGCAAAGACCAAAUGCGACCUCCUCCAAGAGCUCUAAUGAUGCAACAACGACCCAACCAGCUUGAUCUCAAAGUGGCUCAUCAAGAUUACCUUAAUGUAGGACCUUCUGUCCUUAAUGAGACUAACCAGCAAGAUAUUCCUGAGAGAGAUUCUGUGGACAACAAAGACGUGAAAGCUCUAGAGUUCGGCAGCACAGAUGCAGAAAAGAACCAGGAUCAACCUGUGCAAACACCUGUCAGUGUAUCCACAAAAGUCUCCUCUGAUGUCAGCAUGACUUCAAUUAAACUGUCUCCUUCUUAUCAACAGGUCCCACUCAUUCAGAGUGUGGCCAAAUUUGGUGUAGCAAAGACAGCAAUCAAUGUCCAAGCAGCUCAAGCAAUGCGGAGGCAAGCAUGGGUACCUACUGUAAUGACUGGGGGAAGUAUUACAAAGUUUUCUCCAAUGACAUCCACCAGAAGCCCAACCAUUGGGACAAUGGAGACGGUCCAGAAAUACUCUGUGGAAAACACCCCGAUUUGCUUCUCCCGCUGCAGUUCACUUUCCUCUCUCUCCUCUGGCGACGGAGCACUUGAUGGACAAAGUGAAAAUGAGCUGGAGAGUGACUCAUCAUUAGAAAUAAUUGAAGUGGAGGAUGAAGAAAUGGUGAAAAAAGCUGAAGAGGAUGAAACCUUGGAGGACCUGAGUGACAGCCAGCUGCUGAUGACUGACUCAAAAACCUUUCCCAGUAAAGAAACCGAUCCCAUUGAGAUCCCCUGUCCUGCUAAAAGGGAAAAGGUGUUCCUUAGAGCAGCUUCACCAGCCAUACUUGAAGACAGAUCUCCAUCCAGUUCAUCUGAGAAUUACAUACACGAGACACCCCUGGUAAUGAGUCGCUGUAGCUCAGUCAGUUCACUGGGCAGCUUUGAGUCUCCCUCUAUUGCCAGCUCAAUCCAAAGUGACCCGUGCAGUGAGAUGAUUGAUGGAACAAUAAGCCCUAGUGAUCUUCCCGACAGCCCAGGGCAAACCAUGCCUCCUAGUCGAAGUAAAACUCCCUGUUGUGUUGAGUCAAAUGGACCAGAAACACAGACCACAGGAAUAGCAGGCCAGUGGGAAAGCAGCCUGCGGAAGUUCAUGGAGAUUGCAGACUGUAAGGAGAGGUUUAACCUUCCUCCUGACCUGGACACAAUGAUCUACUUCACUGUGGAAAAGCCCACGGAAAAUUUUUCUUGCGCUUCGAGUUUAAGUGCUCUGCCUCUUCAUGAACACUACAUACAGAAAGAUGUGGAGCUGAAACUGACACCCCUACUCCAGCAAAAUGACAAAAAUCUUCCUUUCCCUGAUGAGGAUGAGCAAGGACUUGACCAUGGGGAGAGAUAUAGUGAGGGCAACUCAGAUGAUGACAUAGAAAUCUUAAAGGAAUGCAUCAACUCAGCAAUGCCUUCCAAAUUCAGAAAAGUAAGACCUUCCCUGAUGACCACCAUCCCUCCUCAUAUUCUGAAUUCCCAGGUCCGAAAACCAAUACAUCUCCCAGUGUACAUGAUGCUCCCAAAUGGCAAAACCCAAAUAUGUCCUGGGAGGAGAAUUGUCAUCCCACAAAAGGACUUAAAGUUUGAUGAUUCGUCCUUCACUGAUUCUGCAGAAGGUACACCUGUUAACUUCUCCAGCACAACAUCGCUAAGUGAUGAAACAAUUCAGUAUCCCGUGAAGGAGAGGGGGGCUAAAGACUGCACAGCUAAAGGUAUGAACAAACAGUUGCUCGAUGAUGAGGCAAAGAGGAUUGAAGACUUGAGGAUAUUCUCACACUUCCACAAACCCAACAGGAUGAACUACCCACCUGAGAUACAAAUGAACCGAACAACUAAACAUGUCAUUCCUACUCAGAGGGUGCUGAUGCAAAGCAAAGAGGUAGCCGAUAGAGUGGCAAGCCAAAGAAAUCGUGAUCAGUCUCCUAACCAACAAAAGAGGAGGCAAGGUCAAGGCCCAGUCAGGAAACUGGAACUGCCGGUCAUAAAGCAAAACACAGAAGGUAACCUUAAUGUGGGAUCACAAAAAGGAAACACAAUCUAUCGACAAAUGACACGUUCUUCAGAGGACAGUAACGGAUUCUAUGAUGAUGAAAAUGACAAAGAUGAAGCAAUGAAACAAACAAGUAGAAAACAGAUCAGGGAAGCAAGCAGAAAUACUCUCUCCCGGAGCAUGACAAAUAUUGGCAGGAUUGAUAAUUCCCAAGGAAGGUCCAGAGGGUUUCACAGGAUUAAACAGAAUUUGAUAAAGGAUGAAUCCUUGGCAUGUUACUCACUAAGUUCCUCUCUCAGUUCACUGAGUGAUGCAGAGUUUGAAGAUCAUAAAUCAAAAGCCCAGCAAAUAUGGUAUAAAAACAGACACAACAAAACACUCAAUAUGGCACAACAAACAAAGUCUAUGACCAUUCACAGCCAAUACGAAGAGCCAAGUUCACCAAGCUCUGUCAGCAUGGAUUCAGAGGAUGACCUCCUUCAGAAAUGCAUAACAUCUGCCAUGCCCAAGCAAAGAAGGAAGCUUGCUGCCAGGAAGAAGAAAGCUGAAAAUACUCAAAAACAAAAACAAAAGGCAUCUGAUGGGUGGAACAUGGAUGAGGAAAUGGAUAGUGAUGAUACAGCAUGGGAUAAAGAUUCAGACCUCAAUAGUGUUGAAUGGAGAGCCAUACAAGAAGGUGCUAAUUGUGUUGUCACUGGGCUGCAGGCAUCAAAGUCUCAAGAGCCAUCUUCUGAAGAGACUGAAUCAGUCCUGUCAUUCAUGUCAACAUCCAGCUUUACACCCAAAGAACGGAAGUUUGCUAAAGAAAAAAAGGCAAAUAAACCUCUAGACUUCGCUCAGCGGAAGCCAGUUGCAAACUUACCAGUGGUUUUCAGAGGCAGGACAGUGAUCUAUACGCCGAAAAAAGAGACAGCUCCAUCACAAAGACCUCCUCCCAGAAAAGUACCAACCAAGACAGAUGCUCCAAAGAACCCAAACCUUGCUCAGCAUAGAUCAAAGAGCCUUCACCGAUUAGGCCAGCCCCAGGAAACUGAGUUUUCUUUGCCAAAGAGGAGCUCUACUCCACCUCCAAGGAUACCAAAAAGUUCAUCCUCUGGAUCAUCGCAAAGCUCUACACCAUCCAAACAUUCACAGAAGAAGAUAACGUCCCCGACACAGACAAAUAAAUCCAUCCAGAAAAAGAAUGCCUCCCCAACCAGUCCGCCAGCUAGUAGUCCCCCUGAAAGAAAGGGACGCUCUCCUGUUGUGAAUCAAAAUGAAAAAUCCCCACCACCUAAAACUCAGAAGUCACCUGUCCGAAUCCCUUUUAUGCAAAAUUCAGUCAGGCCCAGACCUCUGUCACCUCUGGUGACAAAUCAAACAUAUGGCAGACAAACCAAUCAGGUCAGUGGGAAAAGGGUGUCGCCCGCCAAUAGACUUGAACUGGUCAGGAUGACUUCUGGCCAUUCAAGUGGUGGUGAGUCUGAUCGCAAUGGAUUCUUGAGACAGUUGACUUUCAUUAAGGAGUCAAAGACUGUGCUAAGACGUGAUGGCACUGCACGCAACAUGCCUGGAUCUCAGAAUGGAUCUCAGAAUGGAUCCCCCCGCAGAGCAGUUCCUGGAGCUUCAGCUGUCUUCCUUUGCUCAUCACGCUGUCAGGAACUUAAGGCAGCUGUGCAAACCCAGAGAAGGGUGCAAGUCAAAGGUCCAGCACAAGCACAGCAAGUCCAGAGGCCAGACCGUGGCCUUCAGAAGCAGACAAAAACCCUCUCUCGAGCUACUUCAAGUGAAAGGGACCUAUCUGCAAGACGCCCAGGCAGGAGAACAAGUUCUGAAAGCCCCUGCAGAGUGGCUCAGCAAAAUGGGCCUGGCAGAGUGUCUGGAGCCAGGCAGCAACAAGACAAAGAUAAUUUUAAACGUCACGCCUCAUCACCAAGCAUAAACAUACUGAGCAGAGUGACCAGCCGUUCUUCCCUCCGCUCCUCAUCAUCUGAUUCAAGUGGAAGAGCAAAGAGCGAGGAUGAUACAAAGAAGAAAGGGCAGAGAUCUGCAUCUCGGCUAAAUGACAGAGUCACCUGGAGGAGGAUCAGGGAUGAAGAUGUACCUCAGAUCUUGAAAAGCACUCUGCCAGCCAAUGCAUUACCUCUGGUGCCUUCUCCUGACGGGGAAAAGCCAAAGCCAGCUCUUCCAGGAAAACUGCCAACCAUUCUCCUUGCAUCUCGCAAGACAAGUGACGCAACUGUCCAGACAGAAGAUUUUUCAAACAAGAUCAACUCGAGCACCUCUCCGACGGUUGAAACUGCCUCUGUGAUGUCAGAGGAAGUGGCCAGACUAGCGCUAUUCAGAAAGAUUAGUGCCACCUCUGGGAGUAACCUCCAGGAUGGAGAUUCAGAUGGCUCCCUGAGGAGCCACAGCACCGUCUCUACAGGAACAUCAGACAGCCACGUGGGUGGAGCUGUCCAUUUCCGCCAAGGAUCCCCCAGCAAAGCCGCACGAAUUACUCCAUUUAAUUACACCCCAAGUCCCAUGGCCUGCUGCCUACAAGACACACAGAGCCAAACAGCCACAGUCAAUGAGAAGUCAGUGGGAAAAAGUGAGUUGUAGGACAUUUAGUGGACAACAUGGAUGACUCUACUGUGUUCCUUUAUGAAACUCAGCACUCAGGUGGACAAGGAGUGUGCUGGUCCCUAUACCUCGGGUACUGACCCUUUACUUUCUCCAUUCACUGCAUUCAAGUUUUUCUCUGAACAAUUUAUCACAGCUUCCAUCUACCAUUCAUAAAGGGUUGGAUGUAUGCAUUGAGACCGGUCUGACAUGAACAGGCCAUCAAUAACUUUUAGAGAUGCACUUCAGAGAAAAAAUAUCUCACACGAAACGAAGUGCAUCUUUUUGUACUUUUUUUGUAUUUGUAGAAUAAUCAUUGCCUGGUAGAAAUGUAGUGAAAACAUAAAGCAAAAGACAAUGAACUUGAGCACAUAAAUCACCAUCGGUCUCCUAGACAGAAUCGAUAAAAGAACAAUAUUAUGCAAACUUUUGAAGGAUAACUCGCUGGACUUUUACCUGAAAAGGUGAAAACUAUGGCGGACUGUUGACUCACAAAGGACAUAAUUCUUUUUUCUUCUCUUUUUUUACAUACAUACAUCCAGUACAUCAACAAUUUGGGUCUUUGACUCACAACUCAACUGUACAUGAUACACUGUUAGCCUUUCUGGUUACAUAUAUGGAGCUCAGUGGGGUUGGGGGGUACAUUUUUGAUCAAACAUUUCUUCAAAUUAAUAGUAAAAUCACCAUAUUGCAUUUGUAUAGGGGAUAUGCCAUAGUUUGUGAUGAUAAUAGAGUGCCCUCUUUUCGACCACAAGGCAAACUUCUUAAAACUGUAUUCAAACAGCUCAUUGCACUUCGAAACUCAUCUAUGUUCAAAUACAUUUUCGCACUAUUAUGGGGUUGCUAUCUGUAUAAAUGGUAGGGCAGAUUUACAAUAUAUAAUCUCUCUGCUCGAUGUCAUCAUAUUGCCCAAAUUAAGUCAAAUCUGAGGGUAUGAUUCAUCACAAAUUUGCACCCGGACACCUACUGGACUCCAUCACUGCUGCAGAAAAUAUUAUAGCAAAUACCGUCAUUUUCCAAACUAUCAGCUGAUUUGGAGUAACACUCUCUCCUUCACACUCUCCUGUACUCUAUCUUAAUCAGUAUUGUAAAUAAC